AUGUCUGCUCCCAAGGGUCCCUUCCGUCUCGUCACCGUCAACACCGCGCCUGAGCGGGCCAAGCGCCUCAUCGGCCGUCUCAUCGAGGCUCUCAAGGACCGCUACACCAUCAUCCACGAGGCGAACUGCGAGAAGAUUGAAGAGGUCGCUCCCACCGUCACCAAGCUCAAGCCUGACGUUCUGUUCAGCGCCUCCAUGUGGACCGCCGAGGAAGCCCAGCAGAUCCACUCGAUCGCCCGCGAGAUUGUUCCGAACAUCAAGCUGCACGCCAUCCCUACCGGCCUGCAGGUCGAGAAGGGCCCGGACGCUAUCGUCGAGUACCUGGUCGAGAACGUGCCGGUUCUUCUGGACAGCUAA